AUGUCUACUAGUACACCCCCACCCCCACCAUACCCAUCCCCGCCACCACCAUACUCGACUUCCUCAUCCGCCAGCUCUGACACAACACAUUCUUCACCACCACCCUACGGCAGACCGACGCCUCCACCGCCAGGGGUCCUAGACCUUUGGCAGCUCAAUGCCGAUAACAGCCCCAAUUUCAUUGAUUCCGACAUCAGUGCAGACGUCCGCAGGAUGUUCUUUGCUCAAACUGGCCCAACUGGCAUCCAGCCUCCAGGACCUCGAGCGUCUUCGUCCCCCACACGCAACUCCGAUACAGCGUCACUUGCGCCCCUAGCGUCGGGACGUCCCGCCACUGUGUUUCCUCCGGCGUCCGCGAUAUCGGAGAAUGCUGAACCAGCGCGCUCGACCGUGCCUUCGUGGGGCGCUGCGCAAGCGCCUUCAGCCGUUGCACCCGCAUCGCCUCCGACUCGUGCGCGACCAGCGCGGUCGACCCAUGCGCCAUCCAAUAGCAAUGUUUCCGGCGCCUCUGAGCAGUUUACAAGCCCUGGUCGUCAAGUUCGACGCUCCGUGGUCGUGUCUGAAGUGCGUCCCCAAGAAUAA